CAUUCGCCGCUUUAGCUAGCCACAACAUCAUCAUCGCAUUCUCAUCCAAUCCAAUAGGGCCCAGCUUUCAACAGUCACAAAGCAAGCCCUAUAACUUAUAGGGUGGGUGGAAAGUCCCGGGGAUCAAUAUCUUUUGCAACAGAAUACUUGGUACGGAGAAAGAAAAUGCUGGGUUCGAUGAGGCGACCAAUUGACGACGGCCAUGAUAAGCGCGGGUGGAGUCUGACAAUCUCCAGGUUCCAGCUCUCGGCCGUUGGCAAUCAGGCUGAACAACCUUUUUCCUCCAUGUUGGCGCUCAGCUGCAAUUCUUCCCUUCAUCCCUCGCGCGUUACAGAGUCAAGAUAAAACGUCUCGGUUCACGGCUAACUCCGUUGACGGCGGCGCGCUGAGAAAGCGGGAUAACCACUUCGCGACCCUCGAACGUGAGGCCGGAAGUGACGGCGUCGCAAUGAACGCCGAGUCUGAAGCCCACGGUGAGCCGUACGGGUCGAGAGAAGACGAUCUAUAUCAGCAAGCUACAUCUGAUGAAGAGGCCCAGCUGUUACGCCCAGAUCAAUUCGAUUACCAAGAAUCCGAAGAUGCCGAGAGCCAGCGUCCUCCGCCACGAGACCGUCCAAAGUUCCUCCAGCGGCUUUCAGGACCUGAUCCGCCCCGGAUCCAAUCGAUUAAGCCGUUCUUUCCGUCAAUCCAGCAAUAUCCCGUUCAUUUUCUCGACCGCUUCUUCGCCAGCAAGAAACGCAAGUUCAUCUUGCUAACCACCUUCUUACUGCUCUGGGUAUCUGCCUUCUCAAUUCCCCUGGCGACUGGCAGCCGCGCUCUCAAGGAUGGCUCGGACGACUACGUCCUGAACCUAGACUGCGUCGACACCCUCUGGAGGCGCAAGAACUUCUGCGGCCUGGACGGCCUGGACUGCCGCCCCUUCACCAACAGCUCCUUUGCGUUCCGAUGUCCUGCGAAUUGCGCCGGCGUCCGGGUUUUGAACCCUCGUGCCGUCGGGCCGUUGGACGUGAACUACCGACCGUUAGUUAUUGGCGAUAGCGUCUACCGCCCCGACUCGUUCAUCUGUGGCUCUGCGAUCCAUGCUGGUGUUGUGACGGAUAGCAAGGGGGGCUGUGGCCGGGUGAGGAAAGCUGGCGGGCAGGAGGGAUUCUCGAGUGUUCGUAGGAACGGCAUUGAGUCGAUUCCCUUUGACUCGUAUUUUCCAUCUUCGUUCGACUUUUCUUCGGAUGAACACAUCGCCUGUAGCGAGGACCCGCGACAAGUCCUGCUCUACAUCUCACUCUUCUUCACCAUCGUCUUCUCGCUAUUCACAACAUCCCCGUCCCUGCAAUUCUUCAUCGUCUUCACCGCGCUCUUCGCCCAUGUCGGCCUUGUAUCCGAUCCGCCUGGCGCCUCACACCUCAACACUUCUCCGCUCCCGGAUCACAUCUCGAGGAUGGUCGGGAGAUUCCUACCCGCUGCCUUUUGCGCCGUCAUCAUAUACCAAACCAGUGUUUCUAGAGCAUUGAAGGGCCUGGAAGCGCAGCUUGAGAAGGUCCUGCUCUGGUUGGGAGGGUUCUGGUUCGGCGCUCUCUCCAACUACACGCUGGACUGGAUCCCCAUCAGUCGCCUCACGGCUCAUGACUUGCAACAGCAAGCAGGAGCCAAAGUUGCACUGGCCGUCAUCAUCUGCAUUCUCACCGCCAUCAUAUGUCAGCAAGUGUAUACCUUUUGGUUGGAGGGACGUGUGCUUCACUUUCUGGCGCUCUACGGGCUCUUCAUCCUGGGAAUCGUCUUCUUUGUGGCCAUGCCAAACAUCAACCUUCGCAUUCAUCACUACAUUCUGGCCUUGUUGUUGCUUCCUGGCACGAGCGUGCAGACCCGAUCAUCAUUAUUAUACCAAGGCAUCCUUCUCGGCCUUUUCGUCAAUGGGAUCGCUCGAUGGGGAUUUGAUUCUCUCCUGCAAACAUCAGCCGCCCUCCGCGGGGACGCAUUAUUCGACGGCUUGGUCCCCGCUAUAAACGCGUCGGCCAUCGAAUCGACGCCGACCGGGUUCAAUAUCACCUUCUCGUGGGAAGCGCCGCCGACGCCGACGUUUGAUGGCAUUAGUGUGCUUGUCAACGAUGUCGAGCGGUAUCGGCGCUUCUUCCCUGACACGGCUUUGGCGUAUAAUUUCACAUGGACGCGACUCUUGGAUUUGGGGUUGCCGGAAUAUUUCAGAUUUGCGUACAUGAGGGAUGGGACAACAAUGGAUUACACAGGAGCAGGUACUUGGUUUGCUAAUGGGAGUUGGGCUAUGAAGGGAUCAUAGAAAACUAGAUAGUUACUCAAUUGAGCUUGAUUGUUGCAGUUUA